AUGUUUGACAACACGCAGUACCCCUAUAACUGCUUUAAUUAUGAUGGGGAUGAUUAUCCUACCUGUAGUUCUGACGAAGAGAAAAAAUUCACCAGACCAGCAUACAGCUACAUUGCUUUAAUUGCCAUGGCCAUCCAGCAAAGUCCUUCCAAUAAAGUCACCCUCUCUGGCAUUUAUGACUUUAUAAUGAAGAAAUUUCCUUACUACAGAUCAAAUCAAAGAGCCUGGCAGAACUCCAUCCGACACAACUUAUCUCUUAACAGUUGUUUUGUCAAGGUUCCCAGAACUGAAGGGAAUGAGAAGGGAAAAGGAAACUAUUGGAGCUUUGCAACAGGAUGCGAAUCCAUGCUGGAUCUCUUUGAAAAUGGGAAUUACAGGCGAAGACGGAGGAGAAGGAACGUGAAAAGGGAACAUAAGGAGCAGAGACCAAGCAGAGUGAAAAGUCCUUCAUCCCCCAAUCUCUCUUCUAUGGACUCUGCUUUCAACAGCAUUUCCUCUUCUGAAAGUAAACAUGAAAGAAUUGAAUCGAGCCCAAAACUUCUGGAGCCUUGUGGGUUUGCUCCAAGCAGU